CUCGCUGGAUGUUGCCACUUCCGGCAUGAUCAGGGCCAUGUCAUUUGGCAAUUCGCCCACCGUGAAGAGAUGGUGCGAGCUACGGUCUUUGUGUACCUUGCGUGGACGGCUGCUCUUGUGACACCACAAGAUGAUCUCCACUACAACACGAUUAUUGUCGACAUCAUUCGACACCAAGAAUUAGGCAAUGGAGUCAACCUUGGUGACAUUCCCCAAUCUCGAGACCAAGAGUCGAAAGUCGACGACGACAUCUUUGCAGAUGCAGAGUUUGACCACGAAUACGAAGCCGUCGACAAGGCAGCAGCUAACGCCUUGGCGCCGUCUCCGCAACCAGCCAGUGUCGACCGAAAACACCUGAACACCGCCGAGGUCGCAAAAGUCGAGCGGUUGGCUGCCCUUGCCAAGAACACUCCAAAUGCCCCAAUUGCCGAAGAAGACACGGAUGACGGCGAAAGCAACGACGACGACGAUGAUGACGAAAACGAUGACGUUGGCGAUAAGGUUGAUGGUGACGAACCCCCCGCGUCACGUGGAAAUGUGCCCGCAGCUGUAGACGACGACAAGGCGUCACGUGGAAAUGUGCCCGCAGCUGUGGACGACGACAAGGCGUCACGUGGAAAUGUGCCCGCAGCUAUAGACGACGACAAGGCAGCUAGCACCUUGGCGCCGUCUCCGACGAUGCAACCAGACAAUGUCGACCGAAAACACCUGAACACCGCCGAGGUCGCAAAAGUCGAGCGGUUGGCUGCCCUUGUCAAGAACACUGCAAAUGUCCCAAUUGACGAAGAAGACACGGAUGGCGGUGAAAGAAAUGACGACGACGAUGAUGAUGAUGACGACAUCGAUGAUGUUGGCGAUGAGGUUAAUGGUGACAAAACCCCCGCGCCUCGUGGAAAUGCCACCGUAGCUGUAGACGACGCACCGAUUCACGCCGCGUCGGUGGGUGCUGCUUCCCCCGACCACAAUGUUUCGAGCCCAACAGCGUCUCCUUCUCCCUUUGGCAUUAUCGGCAUCACCCUAGGCUGUGUAGCCACCGUUUGUGCCAUCGUUGGAGUGUAUCGGAGUCGGCGCCAAGCCGCCACCCAGUUUUCGUCCGAGUCGACUCUGUACAUGGACGACAUUCGCCUACGCGAGAGCGAAGUCACCCGGUAUUAAUUGUGAGCAAGUACAGUACUAUGUAGUACACAGUAGCUACCUAUAUCGUGAACAAGUAAUGAACGCUAUUGUGAUGUGGG